AUGUCUUUGGACUGGUGCAUUGCAUUCUUUAGACUCGCUGCCUCAAGCUUCAACGGUUCGACUGUCCUCGAAGCCGUCGAGGCGUCGAAACUCUACUUUGACUUCUACGUUGAAGUUGUUAUGGCAAGCUUGCCAGGGCAGACAAAGGAGGCGUUCUGCAAGUAUGUGGCUGGCCAAAGCAAGCUGCCUCCGAGAGUUUUGGAGCUCAUGCACGACUGCCUUGGCAGCCUUGAGCUUCGAGGAGCUCUACUCUCGGAUUGUGCAUUUCUCCACUUUGGAACGCUGCAGGAGUUCCCUGCUGCUUCACUGGAUGCCAAGAGAUGUGGCUUGCAGCCGUUCUAUGGGCGGACUGUCGCUGAUGCGCGCGCCGGGCCAGGCCUGGUGAUGGUGAAUUGCCAGGCCAGUUCGGUGAAGAUCAGGAGGGCGACCGACGAUCCAAGCCCUGAUGUGCUUUGGGUUGAGAUGUGCUCCGACGUGGAUUUGGUGGUUUCUUCUGGCUUUCACUUGCUGGUAGGGCUCCAGGGUGUGCACGUCGACAAGCCUUUGCCUGCUGGCCUUUGUCUGGACGGCAGGCAGCUAGAGGACAGCUCCGAGCGAACCUACGUAGUGGCCGUGUAUUCAGCUUCGGACACCUUCAAGAGAACAUCGACUCCGGAAGAGGUUGUGUUUUGUGGAGCUCAACUUCAGAGCUGGCUUGCAGAGCGGGAGUUGCAGCCAUCAGAUCUAUGGGAUGCUAGCGAGGCCGGCUGCGACCUUUGGACCGCGCGGCUCUUCGCUCCCGGAGCGGCGCUGCCAGGUUACUGGGAUGCAUCAUCGUUCAGCCGGAGCGACUUUCUGGCGAGCCGUCGCUACAGCCUGGAAGACCUGAACAGGCUGGAUUCAGCCUUGCGUCGAGAUUUGCAGCGCUCGCGGCGAUCUGCGGAUGGCUGA